UUUUUGGAUAUCUACUAAUUUCACCUGUUUUAUACCCUUUCCAUUUCAGAGUUGAUCAGCUGAGUGAAAGAACGGAUGUGUGAAUUUUAUCCAUUUUUUUUGGCUUUGUAGGUUUUUCAUCUAUUGUGCUUUGUAUCGGUUAAUGGUUAGAUUAAUUGAACUGAAUUGGAUUUGACGCAUAUAUUAUUUUUUACGCGUAUGCAGUUUGAAACAGUCCAAUCCAAAGGUAGGAAUUUUCUUAGAUAUCUGCAUGCAAUAAUAAAUGCUAGAACCACAAACCACAUCUCUUUGCUUUUCUAAACUGAUCCUACCCCAAGUUAACAGGGAUGAUGUUCCUUCUCCUUGUUGCCUUCAUGUUGAUGGUGGAUGAAGGUGGUGUAGCAGCACUAGAUUCUGAAAUAUGCAAGGUCACAAGCUGCAAACGCUACGGCCCACCUGUCCGAUUUCCCUUCUGGUUAAAAGACCAGCGCUGUGGCUAUCCUGAUCCUGGCUUCCAACUCUCCUGCUCCCAAAAUAAACAGACCAUGCUCCACCUGCCACGGUCAGUGAAGAUGACGGUCCAGUAUAUAGAUUACGAAAAACAGACAAUUGACGUAUCUGGUCCGGAUGGUGAGACUUGCCUCUAUCAGCAGCUUCCUUCUCUCAAUUUAUCAGCAUCUCCGUUCAAAUUCUUCGGACAACUACAAAACAUUACAUUGUUCAAUUGUUCAGAAAAGUCAGACAAAGAUAGCUAUGGAGUCGGUGCCUGUCCAAUUAUAGCUUUACCUCCCGAUACUCGCAACAACUUUAACCUCGUCAAUUGCACCAAAUUUGUUGACAUCUCAGCAAUUCCUCGAGAUUUUGAAUUUGGUAUUACCUUACAAUGGUCCAAACCCAUGUGCAUUGAAUGUGAAGCACAAGGAAGAAGUUGUAGACUGAAGAAUGUUAGUACACCACCUCAAACAGAGUGUUAUGACACCCCCAAACCCAGCAACCAAACAGGGCUUCCUACGAAGGUAAAGCUAAUUAUUACAGGUGCAAUCCUAACUUCGUUUCUUAUUCUACUGACUGUCAUUGGACUAUACUAUGUAUACCAUCAGGAGAAGAAAAAGAAAGAGAGCCAAGGCAAGAUUGAAAAGUUUUUAGAAGAUUAUAAAGCUUUUAAGCCCUCAAGAUACUCUUUUGCUGAUAUUAAGAGGACAACAAAUGAAUUCAAGGACAAACUCGGGCAGGGUGGUUACGGAACCGUGUUCAAAGGAAGGCUGUCUAAUGAUGUUUUGGUAGCUGUUAAGAUCCUCAAUGACUCCAAAGGCAAUGGGGAAGAGUUCAUCAACGAAGUGGGCUCCAUGAGCAGAAUCCACCAUGUCAAUGUGACUCGCUUAGUCGGAUUUUGUGCUGAUGGAUACAAACGAGCACUUGUUUAUGAAUACUUACCGAAUGAGUCAUUAGAGAAGUUCAUAUUUUCAGCCAAGGGCGAGAAUCAUGUCCUUGGUUGGAAUAAGCUUCAAGAUAUUGCCUUAGGUAUAGCCAAAGGGAUUGAAUACCUACAUCAAGGUUGCGAGCAACGGAUCCUACAUUUCGACAUCAAACCUCACAAUAUUUUGUUAGACCAGAACUUCAAUCCUAAGAUAUCUGAUUUUGGUCUAGCUAAGUUGUGUUCCAAGGAUCAAAGUGCAGUUUCUAUGACAGCAGCCAGAGGAACCAUGGGCUAUAUAGCACCCGAGGUCUUAUCUAGGAACUUUGGGAACGUUUCAUAUAAAUCAGAUGUUUAUAGUUUCGGAAUGCUACUACUUGAAAUGGUUGGAGGGAGAAAAAACAUCAAUGUCACAGUGGAGAACACAAGCCAGGUGUACUUCCCAGAAUGGGCGUAUAAUCAUUUGGACAAUGGAGAAGAGACAAGAAUAAGAAUUGAAAACGAAAGCCAUUCCGAGAUUGCAAGAAAACUUACGAUUGUUGGACUUUGGUGCAUUCAAUGGUAUCCAGUAGAUCGUCCUUCAAUGAAAGUUGUGAUUCAAAUGUUGGAAGGUGAAGCAGACAGUCUCACUAAGCCACCAAAUCCUUUUGGAGCCGCAGAUCAUAUGAAGAUGAGUGCUUUCAAAUAUAAAAAACCUGUUAAUAUAGAGCUAGCAGUUAUUGCUGAGUAAACAUGAGUUCAAUUAUAUAAAGUUAAUGAAGCAAACAAGAAUGGUAUAUAUAUAUGUAUUCUGAAAAUUUUGAACUUGGUUCGGUUCUUGAUUUUACCAAAGCAAAUACAAUACAUUCGAAUUCA